AUGUUGGUGUCUUUUUUUACGAGCCUAUGGUUGUUCGAGGACAGCUUUACCAGGUUGGGUCUUUUCGUCUUGGGCUGUUCCCCUGGCGGAACGAAUUCCAAUUUUUACAACCUCCUCCUACGCGGGGAUGUGAAUCUGAGCAUCACAAUGACUACCAUCUCCACAAUCGCUGCUCUCGGGAUGAUGCCGCUGUGGAUGUGGAUGCUCGCCAGACACUUGACUCCGAAGGGGGAAUACACAAUCCAAAUCCCCUAUAGCCAGCUCGCACUCUCCCUCUUCCUUCUCACCGUCCCUCUCGCUUGCGGAUUGCUCAUCAAGCUGAAGAGGCCCAAGUGGGCGGCCAUAUCCAACCGGAUCAUCCGUCCUUUCACAUUCCUCAUCCUCAUUUUCAAUCUCACGGCAAGGAUUAUUCCGUUGUUCGCCCCUUCCAAGAGUUUUCUCAAGAGUGGGAUUCUUCCUUCUUUUGGAAGAAAGUCAAAUGUGAACACCACGUUGCUUGGUUAUUGA